CUUUUCGGAAGAAGAUCCCGACAAAGCGGCCCUGUUUCUUUUCAGCUAAAAAAAAGUCGAAGAAUUUGAAAAGCGACGAUGUACGCCAGGACAAAUACCGGCAGCACACAUGGAGACUUUCAAGAUAGAAACGGAGUAAACUAUGUGACAUCGACAGAGUCUUUCGGCCACUGCUCUCAAUUGUUCUGGAAAAAGGACCCCAACGACUCCGGACCAAGUUCAACCAUCAGCUGGUGCGAUCAGCUCCCUUCGUCCUCGGCAGCCCUCUCUAGCUCCAGUCUCUCCUCAGCGUCACUCUCUAGCUCCAGUCUCUCCAUGGAAUCUCGAGCGCCGGCACCAGCGCCGCCGCCAGCGACGACAGCAACGGACGACAUGGAGUCAGACGAGAGGCCGUACGUCUGCGACCUGUGCAGCUGCGCCUACAAGCACGCCAGCUCCCUGCUGAACCACAAACUCACCCACAAGACUGGAGACUUCAGGUGUGACUUUUGCAGCAAGCCCUACACCAACUACAUGUCCUUGCGCAAUCACAUGAGAAUUCACGGUCAGAAGCGCUACAUGUGCGACCUGUGCGGGAAGGCCUUCCGCCUUGCUCGAUAUCUCCGUAACCACCAGAGGAUCCACGAUGACGGGCCCAACCGUUUCGACUGUCCCUCCUGCUGCAAGAGCUACAGGACCAUGCUGGAGCUGGCACAGCACCGCUGCACUGCUGCUGCAUCCAACCAGAACCGGUUCAACUGCCCGUCCUGCUUUAAGAGCUACCGAACCAUGCUGGACCUGGCCCAGCACCGCUGCAGCGCCGCGGCCAAAAACCAGUCUGGCGGCCGUCGUUCCAGUUACGCCUCAAAUGCUCGGCGCCAGCAACAACAGCAACAGCAGCAGCAGCAGCAACAACAGCAGCAAAACAGCGCUAACUCCAUGAUGCAACCGCAGCAUGGAGGACACGGCCAGCAGGAAUCUCUGCCCUCCCACUGCGUCUCACCAAUGUCCCAGGGAGGGCAGGCCAGCCAGUCUGUGCCUGACCCCCACCAGCAGGGCCGUCCCAGCUCAGUGUCCUCUCAGAGCAGCCAGCAGAGCAUGAGGAGCUCAUCCUCCAACAAACACGUCUCCUCCUCCAGCGCCACCCCAUCCUCCUCCUACUCCCUGCUCCAGCCCCUGGUGCCUGAGGUAAAGGAGAUGAGCUCGGGAUACACUAGACUGAGCGCCAACCCCAUGCCGAAGCACCAGGACACUUUUUCUCUGGCCGCCCAGCGGCCCCUCACCACCAUCAACCCCAUCAGCCACUCCCUCCACCCGAACGGAGCACCGACGCUCAAGCCUUCCCCCGUGCCACGCACCAUCCAGGCCAUGCCCUGGGAGCAGCGCUCCCUCUACAAUCAAUGAGACUCCUGGGAACCAAGCACCCCUCUUGUUCACAUCGCGUCCACCAACACCAACGCCCACACAGCCCUCCACCCCACAACUUCAGAUCCAGCAUCAAGGAUGGAGGACCGCCGGACGCCCCCUCCCCCUCGUAUUCCCUCAGCCCUCCUCUGGAACGUUGUUUUAGGGAAUGGGGAAGGGCACCAUUGAGAACUAGUUGAGAUUGAUUACUGAGUAGUUAGGUUUAAAACGAUGUGUUGCCUUGACCCUCAUGUAUGAUCUAUGCCAUGUACUGGAUAUAAGUUAAAAUGUCUGUCCCCUAAUCUGUCCUCUCACUAAGAAUUUAUCUCCCCCAUCCUCCUCUCCCGUUCUAGUUAUGAAAAUAUCUAUCCUUCCCAUUAUGAAUAGUGUCUCUCCCCACCCCCACCCCUUUUCCACAUGUUAAAUGAAAGGCUAUUUUUAUCAAGAGUGUUCCAAACCCUGAACGACAAGGGAUUCCUGGGCGCCAAGUUGUCAAAGUAAAUGUGACAAAAUUCUCCCGUUGGUCUAAAAUGUCUUUGAACAUAAUACCCUUUUUUUUUUUUUUUUUGUCAAAUGAGGCUCUUAUGGAAAAGGUAAGUAGAAGGGGGGAAACUUGAAUUAUUUUUUUUAUUGUUAUUAUUAUUUUAUUUCCCCCCACAAUUCCCUUUGACGUUCUCCAGAAUGAACAUUGUGAAUAUUGUGCGUUAGGAGGUGUCACGAAAGCCGAUUCCGUUCUCCGAGCGGCCACACCUCUCAUCUCCGAGCACCAACAGCAAGGACCACGACAGAAAGAACUCGGCUCAGCCUUGUUCCGCAAAAAACAAACAUUUCAUCACGUACACACCAGUUUGGCUUCUGUGUGCCGUGUAGACUGAAGCCUGACCUCCUCAUCUCUCAGACUGCAACCACCCAACAAAGGACAGUUUGGUGCGGUUACCUGUUUUUUAACACACAACUGAAAGCUCACUUUUUUCUGAAUUUGCAUCUGACUGGUGGUUUGUGGUUAUUGUAGUUUUAAUAAUAUGUUGGCUGGGAAUCAAAUCUAGAAGAUAACAGUAAACGUCUCCAUCCCUUUUGUUCCGAACUGACUGUUACAAUGUUUGUUCCUUUCACUUUAAAGCACUUUAAGACAAGUGCUGUACAAUUAUUACUGUCUCUGCCGCCCACCACCCGCCCUCAACUUAAAGCUGUGUCGGCUGUAAAGAUGUAACAUGGCCUUACAUCACCUCCUCAUCCCGACUCACUCACACCAUCACCAGUGACUUAGCAGCUGCACUGGACCUGGUUCGAGCCCCCCCACCCCACAAACAGGGCUGCAUCUCUAAGCUGCAGUGGCCAAAAUACAGUAUGUCUUCAGCUCUGGACCCAACCCAGCCCCCCACUUUGGCUCCGACACACCCUCCAGUGUUGCUUUUCCUGUAGAAAAAAAAGAA